CUGAACUGUGUUGUUGUCAGGAACUACCGGCUAAUCUAAAGUUGCUAAGCUAACGUUAGCCGACCGGUGGGCUAAAAACACACCAUCGUUUGUCUAAUUUUACCGUAUUCAAUAAUUACCGUUCAGUCAAACUCGGUUUACGGUCAUAUCAGUCGCUCUCACCGGCUGUUUGUCUCCGAUAUCAGGAAAGAUGUCUUCUGCCCCGUCUGACCCAACUCUGGAGAGGCAUUUCAAGGGUCACAGGGACAAUGUUACAAGUGUGGACUUCAGCUGCAACAUGAAACAAAUUGCCACAGGCUCUAUGGACUCAAGUGUGAUGAUCUGGAACAUGAAACCUCAGAUGAGGGCGUAUCGUUUUGAUGGACACAAAGAUGCUGUCACUUCAGUUCAGUUUUCUCCCUCUGGCCACCUGGUGGCAUCUGCCUCCAGAGACAAGACUGUACGUCUUUGGGUGCCCAGCCUGAAGGCUGAGUCAACAGCUUUCAAGGCGCACACUGCCACCGUGCGCAGUAUAAACUUUUCUGCUGACGGGCAGAAUCUGGUCACAGCCUCCGACGACAAGACCAUCAAAGUGUGGACUGUCCACAGACAAAAGUUUCUCUUCUCUCUCAACCAGCACAUCAACUGGGUCCGCUGUGCCAAGUACGACGAACACACACACACACACACACAUUUUGACUUCUUUCUUUCUAAAAGAUCAUCUUCAAUACAUUUCUGCAGGUUUUCUCCAGACGAUCGUUUGAUUGUAUCGUCCAGUGAUGAUAAGACUAUAAAGCUGUGGGACAAGAACAGUAGAGAGUGUAUUCAUUCUUUCUAUGAACAUGCUGGUUAUGCAAAUCAUGUGGACUUCCAUCCCAGUGGAACGUGUAUAGCUGCAGCCUGUACUGACAACUCUGUCAAAGUCUGGGACAUCAGAUCCCAUAAGAUGCUCCAGCACUACCAAGUUCACAGCGGUGUGGUGAACAGCUUGUCUUUCCAUCCGGCUGGUAAUUUCCUCAUCACUGCAUCCAGUGACUCCACAAUGAAGAUACUGGACCUUGUAGAGGGCAAGCUACUGUACACACUGCAUGGACACCAGGGUCCAGUGACCUGUGUGGCCUUCUCCAGAACAGGAGAGUAUUUCUCCUCUGGAGGUUCUGAUGAGCAGGUAAUGGUGUGGAAGAGUAACUUUGACUGCGCUGAAGGCAUCGAUGACUUCAGGCUACAACAUAAAGCUGCUCCCAGCCUGCAGGCAGUAGGCAGCUCCACGGCUCAGCCCCCCCUCACCCCCUCUGAGCACCGCAGCCAGGCCUGCGACCCCUCAGAACACGCAAACGGUCAGGACUCCCACACAAAGAGCGGCAGUCGCAGCCAGAGCAGAGCGACUCGCUCACAGACCUUCGGACCCCUCAGCUCCAGCUCUUCCUCCACACACCAGACACAGACCCCGGGUUUACCGCCGCAUUCACCCCAGGUUCAAGCACAGUCCCAGGCCUCGGAUGGGGGUGUCCCUCCUGGUCUGGCCAACACCCUGGAACACAUCAUCGGUCAACUAGAUAUUCUCACUCAGACGGUUUCCAUCUUGGAGCAGCGGCUGACGCUGACAGAGGACAAGCUCAAGGAGUGUUUGGAGAACCAGAUGGAGAUCGGUCUACAUCUCCAGAGACGUGAGGAGGCCUAAAGAUGGCGGCACCAGAGAGAGGUUGAAGUGUGGUGUGAGGGAAAUGGGGUCACACCAACACUACUCACAGAAAGACAUCUAGCGAACACUCCAGUUGUUACAUCUCACUGAAAAUGUGCGAUCUUGUACACUUGAACAAUGCACACUGAGCCUCUCUGCUGAUGUACUGCGCCUGGUUAUAUUACAAAGAGAUAUCUGAAGUGAAGGAGUUGAAUAUUAGAGAAGUUGUUCUUUACAAGAGUGCUGAGAGAGCAGUCCGCUUUCUGCUGACAAAGGAUCUGCUGCGAGUCACUUUGUGAGUGUUCAAGCGUCUGUGUGUGUGCGUGUUUCAAUGUGUGUGCACAAAAUUGUGUCCUGUGUAGACGCAUGCAAGAGACUUUCAUACUUGCCUUUUCACUACACAUGUGGACAUCUUGAACUCUAUUUGUGUAUGUGGCGUGCAGUUCAUGUAGAAUGGCAUCAGUAGAAAACACAAAUACUUCAGUUCCCUCAACCAACAUCUCUAAAAUGCAUGAUAUUUAUUUGAGUUGUAUUGAGACCAGCACAAUCAUUUUUAAAUUGAACAAAGAGUAAUUGAAAGUUAUAUAAAGUGUGCUGUGGAUGCUUCAUGUUUGUUCACCUGUUUGUUGGACAUUAGUAGAAGCACUGGUUUAAAUUAACUAACUUAACCUUUACCGUGCAGCCAACAAAGUACCUUACCAAAUUGGUAAGUUUGGUACAGUUAUUAAAGAUGAUCUCUUAUGUUAUAUUUUAUUUUCAACAAGUCCUGUUAAAAUACUAAAAAGCAACAAGGAAUUGAUUCAGACAGGGUAGGAGGGUGGCAAAGUAUUGAGAGAUGUACUAACACAUUGUUGGCUUUGGUUUUCUGAUUUGUUGAUCAUAAAACUAAAUAUAAAAUAACUUCAGUAGUUUAAAAGAUUUCAGAGUUUAUAGCAACCAAUUGUUAUCACUUCAGUGUGAAAGAUAAGCAUCUUGUUCCAUCCACAUACACUGUGUCUUAAACUUUUAUACUCUGAGAGUAACUGAUUGUUUACUUUCUUAAUAAAUAUCUUUUCACCCGUA